UCUGUGUGUGUGUGUUGUGUUGGUUGGUGUGCGCGUCGUGUGUUUUGAAAAGUUUAUAUGAAUGGAAAAGAGCUGGCGAACAUAUUUUAUAAACCCUCUACUGCCUAAGUCACUGGCUUAUUUUAGCUUUGGAAGACGUUAGCAAUAGCUACCUUUCUUUGGAUAACAUUAACGUUAGCUUUAACAGCGUUGUGGACGGUCGGUUCCCGCUUUCAUAUGAGGAUUGUACCGAUUUCGGUUUAACGUAUACGCUGGUACCGUUAGUAGUAUUAACAAUAUAUAUAUAUAUAUAUAUAUAGCACUUUUGGUUGAAUAAAAUCUUGUAGUCGAGCAAACGUGUCAUUAAGAAUGGUGUUCUUCACCUGCAACGGCUGUGGCGAGUCCCUGAAAAAAGCUCAGGUUGAUAAACACGUGAACAUGUGCCGGGGGUGCCAGGUCCUGUCCUGCAUCGAUUGUGGAAAAGACUUCUGGGGUGACGACUACAAGAACCACGUUAAAUGUAUCAGUGAAGACCAGAAGUAUGGAGGCAAAGGCUACGAGGCUAAGGCAAACAAAGGAGAUGUGAAACAGCAGCAGUGGAUUCAGAGAGUCCAUGACGCAAUGGACAAACCUGGAGUCAGUGCAAAGCUCAAGGAUGUGCUUCAACAAGUCAGUUCGUAUGAUAACGUCCCAAGAAAGAAGGCCAAGUUUCAGAACUGGAUGAGAAACAGUCUUAAAAUAGCUAACACCAGUCUUCAUGAUGAAGUGUGGGACAUUCUUGCUGCAGCGGACAAUCCUUCUGAGGCCCCCCAGGAGACUAAAGAAGCUAAACAGACAGUGGCUGAAGUCAAAGCGGAUACUAAUGGAAAUGAAAAGCAGAACGGCCAUCCAGAAGUUGCGAAGAAGAAACUGAACAAACGGGAGCGUAAAGAAGCCCGUCAGCAGAAAAAUGGGAAGGCUUUAAAAGCUGCUGAAAAGACGGUUGCACAGGAGCCAGAAGAAGGCAAAAAGAAAAAAAAGGACAGAAAGAGAAAGCACAGCGGUGAGGAAGACGGAGGUGAAGAGCAGAACGGUGCUGAAAAUAAGACAUCCAGCAAGAAAACAAAGACAGUUGACCAAGAGGCUGCUGACAUGUCAGAGGAGACUGAGGAUCAAGAAGUUCCCAAAGGCAAAUUCAACUGGAAGGGAAAUAUCAAGGCAGUACUGAGAGACUCAGAUGACCAGGAACUGCCCGUAAAGAAACUCAGGAAGAAGGUUUUGGCAGCAUACUACUCUUUCACUGGGGAUGGAAAUUUUAAAAAGGAAGAGGAGGUGCUAGCACUUUUCAACAAGAAGAUCAGCAACAAUCCCAAAUUUAGAGUAUUGAAAGACAGAGUUAGACUUGUAAAGUAGACCUGUUUAUCUGACCCGUCUGCCAUGAAAUGUAUGUUGUUCAUAGACUUUUAAAAUUUAAAAGCCAUUGUUGUCUGCCAUCCUACCUUGGUUGUUUUUGUACAGGUGACCUAAUCUCAAAGAUUAAAUCAUUUUAUAACAGAA